CACAGUAUAUACCAACACAAGAUAAUGUCUUAUAUAAAGGCCCCAGACAGAAUCUCAUCAAAAGCCAGAGCAAACAUAUUUCAUAUUUGCUCCCUCCAAAUACACCCACAAAAAAACCCAUUUUAUAUAUUUUUAUUGCAUGGAUUUAGUGAGGAUGAAGAUGACUACUCUUCUGGAAGUCAUGGAUGCUGAAACCAUUAUACUCUUCUUCAUCGUCCCUUUGUUAUUCAUAUUCCUUCUAUCGAGAUUCCGACGCAAACACCAACCGCCGGGCCCAAAAGGGUGGCCGUUGAUCGGCAACAUGGCGAUGGUGGACCAGUUAACUCACCGGGGUCUAGCAAAGCUCGCGAAGCAAUACGGCGGGAUUUUCCGUCUCCGAAUGGGCUUUUUAAACAUGGUGGCGGUGUCCAGCCCGGAUGUAGCCCGCCAAGUCCUUCAGGUUCAGGACAACAUCUUCUCCAACCGACCAGCCACCAUCGCCAUAAGCUACUUAACUUACGACCGGGCCGACAUGGCGUUUGCCCACUACGGCCCGUUCUGGCGCCAAAUGCGGAAACUCUGCGUCAUGAAGCUGUUCAGUCGUAAACGGGCCGAGUCUUGGGAUUCGGUGCGUGACGAGGUGGACGGUAUGAUCCGGACGGUGUCUUCGAACACGGGGUCCGCGGUGAAUAUCGGGGAGCUGGUGUUCGGACUGACCCGGAAUAUUAUUUACCGGGCCGCAUUCGGGUCGUGUUCUCAUGAAGGCCAAGACGAAUUCAUAAAGAUUUUGCAGGAAUUCUCCAAGUUGUUUGGUGCGUUUAAUAUUGCGGAUUUUAUCCCUUGGCUUUCAUGGGUCGAUCCACAAGGGCUAACGAACCGGCUGGUUAAGGCUCGGGCUUCGCUGGACGGGUUCAUUGAUUCCAUUAUCGAUGAUCACGUGCAGAAAAAGAAGACCAUGAUGAUGAAUAAAGGGAAUAACUCCAUUGAUGUCGGUGACAGUGACAUGGUGGAUGAACUCCUGGCUUUUUACAGCGAGGAAGCCAAAGUUACAGAUUCUGAUGAUUUGCAGAAUGCUAUUAGACUUACCAGGGACAACAUUAAAGCCAUCAUUAUGGAUGUAAUGUUUGGUGGGACUGAAACAGUGGCCUCCGCAAUCGAGUGGGCCAUGGCGGAGCUAAUGAAAUGCCCAUCGGAUCUCAAACGGGUACAGCAGGAACUCGCCGACGUAGUCGGGCUCCACCGCAAAGUGGAAGAAUCCGAUAUGGACAAGCUCACCUACUUCAAGUGUUGCCUGAAGGAAGUCCUCCGCCUCCACCCGCCCAUCCCUCUCCUCCUCCACGAGACGGCGGAGGACGCCGUGGUGGGCGGGUACUUCGUCCCGAAGAAGUCGCGGGUCAUGAUAAACGCGUGGGCCAUCGGGCGGGACCCGGAAUCGUGGGAGGACCCGGACUCGUUCCAGCCGUCGAGGUUUCUGAAACCGGGCGUACCCGAUUACAAAGGGAGCAACUUCGAGUUCAUACCGUUCGGGUCGGGUCGGAGGUCGUGCCCCGGGAUGCAACUAGGGUUGUACGCGCUGGAGAUGGCCGUCGCGCACCUACUCCAUUGCUUCACAUGGGAGUUGCCUGAUGGAAUGAAACCCAGCGAGCUCGACAUGGGUGACGUUUUCGGGCUCACCGCCCCGAAGGCGAAACGGCUCGUGGCCGUCCCGACUCCGCGGUUGCUCUGCCCGCUAGACUGAUCAGUAACGUCAUCCUCGUCACGAUCAAGUUCAUGGGUGCAAGCUUUUGGUUCGGGGAAAUUCCGAAUGAAAAUAUCAAAAAUUUUCUUUUUAUUUUUCACACAGUUAGUAUAUCAUACAUAUAUCAUAUGUAUAUGUUUGGGAAGCGUAAAUUUUUAUAAUAAUGGGGCUUGAAGAAGUCAUAUAAACUACUAGGAUGAUUAUCAUUCAGAAGAAGUUGGGAGGUCAAAUUUGCAUGUAUAUAUUACAUACAGUCGUAUCCCGGGAAAUGAAUAUGAAUUUCUUUUGUUGCAACCUCUCUUUAAAUGAUAAACAGAUCCUCUUGUUUGUUUUAUCAUAGUGGAAUGAGAACCUCAUAAUGACGUUUUCCAGUAGCAGCUGAUGAUGAAAUCUUCUCUUGAAAACUACUAGUUUAGAUGCAGUAAAGUAAGAUUAGUGGCCAGUAUUAUUGAUUGAAAUUUGAAACAUCACAAACUGAUUGUAUUCUUCUCGGUUGUAAUUGGAUUACACAUUUGCUAGAUUAAACCGUUGUAAUAGGAUUAUCAUUUUUUUUUUUUGGUACAAUGGAAGGAGGCUUGAAGCAUGUUAUCAUUUUAUUAUAUAGUUUGUUACUACUCCCUCUAUUCCAAAAUAAGUGCCAUCUUACACUUUGCACA